AUGUGGAUGAAUGCGCCCUUCCUUUUGCGCCAUGCCUCCAUCACUGCAGCAAUACAGAUGGAUCUUACUUUUGCCACUGCAGAGAAGGCUUUAAUCAGAAUGAAGGCUUUGCCUGUCUGGCCACAGGAAAUGUUACCCGGCUGCUGACAGUGUUGGGGACAUCUGUCGGGCUGCUGAAUGUGAAGUCACAACAUUUUGACGUGCUCCAGACUCUAAAGUUCAACCCAGUUGUCGUGACAUAUGACAUUGCCCGAGCCCACUACUAUUGGGCUGACAACAUGGGAGUCCUAUAUAAAAGUGAUGGGCAGCGCAGCUGGACAAUUCAUACUGGAGAGCCUGGAAUCAAAGGUCUAGCUUGUGAUUGGCUGAACGGAAACCUUUUCUGGACAAAUCAGAGGACAGAAUCAAUCUACAUGCAAGCAGAUGACGAACAAAGUUACACCGCUCUGUUGAGCAAAUCUAUCAGCCCAUCAGAAUUGGUUAUCCUUCCGGUGGAGAGCUUGAUGUUUUGGGUCAACACGGGCCCUGGUGAUAGGGUGACCAUAGAGAGGUCAUGGAUGGAUGGGUCAGACAGAAGCUCUCUGACAGUGCUCACAGCUCAAUUGGCCCAUGGACUGACAGCAGACGUGGCUGCCAGGAGACUGUACUGGAUCAGUGACUUCAAGAUG